ACUGGCAUUCACCUGACUGGGGUUAUCAGUACAGCCUCACAUUGUUUUCAUCCUGCAGCUGAUAUUUGUUGCUGCUGCACAUCGCUAUUGAACGCGCUAAAAGUCUAGCUAAGCUACGUAUUUUGUUUUAACACUCAGCUGUCAGUUAGCUUAGCAUUUGGAACAUUUAGCAGCUAGCUGAGCCAACUAGCAGCUUCACAGGAAGAAAAAAUAAGUUAUUUAUCCACUGAAACGACGUUCAGCAGAGUUUAUAAAAAUGGACAAGAUCGCUAAAGAUGUGGGUGAUAUCCAGUCUCGACUGUUAGACCACAGACCUGUCAUCAAUGCAGAGAUCCGCUACUUUGUGAGAGAGUUUGAGGAAAAACGGGGACACAGAGAGGGCCGACUGCUGGAGAAUCUGGAUAAAAUGGUGGUGGAAACAAAUGAGCAAAUGGUCCCUACAAAUUUAGAGGACAUAACCAAGCAGCUGUCUGACGUCGUCAAACGGUUGGAUGCUGCCAAUCACAUGGCAGAGAGAGUCCAGCAGAGGGAGCUAGAGGCACAACAGAGCGCCCAGCUGCAGGCAAACAUGGAGCAGUUGAAAGGCGAGUGGGCAGAGUUUUUGAAGGAGCAGCAGCGAUUAAAAGAAGAGGUGGAUGAGGAGCACGCCAAGGCUGUAGGACAACUCAGCGCUAAGUACAACGAAAAGAAGAAGGAGCUGGCCCAGUUUUCGUUCGUCUGAUCUGUUGCUGUUUGCAAGGAUGUGACUGAACAAAUAGUCUUUCUUGUUAUAUGAACACUUUGUUGCAGACAUAGAUGUCUGUUGUGCACACACAAACGGCUGAAAAAAACGCAUGAAACUUGGAGGUUUUGCACCUGCAGACGUGUCAGCAUUUUCCAAAUCAUAAAUAUGAAAGCGUGAUUACCAGUGUGGCAUUUUCACAGCCCAUCAAAUUCACAUUUUUUUGUCUUUAGCACCUGGAGUAUGUACAGCAUGAAGAAAGUCUGGAAUAUGUCAUUUUUAAACAAGCAAUCAUUUGAUUGUUCCUUGUCUGUGAAGUUUGUAACAUUCAAGAUUCUUAAUGGGUGCCUGCCUGAAGGGAUUUAAUGAUAAAUUAACAUCACGUUGAAAGGAACCUUGAGUUUGGCCACAAGGUGAGAUAUUCCAAGCACUGAAAAGCAGAUCAUUAAAAGUUAGAAAAGCCUUUCUGAGCAGGUGUGUUUAACGUCAAGGCCAAGUGUUGUAGAAAUGACCUUAAACAGAACACUGUCCAGAAGGACUCGUCCCUCACCAGCUCUCCUAUGUUUGGAACUUUUCACUUCUGACAUUAACUUCAAGUAAACUAACUGUCUGUAUGAAACAAGCUUCAUUAUAAAAGGCUGAAUGCUUAGCAGCAGAUGUUUUUCAUUUGUUUUGCCAACUCGUUUCUGAUUUUAAUGAGGCACAAAUCCAAUGUUUUUAUUGCUGUACACAUAGAAAAAAUCUAAUCAAAUUAGGGCUCUUUUAGGGAAUUUCCUUCUGGUUUAGAGUAUUCAACAUUCCCAAAAUCAUAAACACAAACUCAAAUGUUGACAGAUAAGUGACAAAUUAAAGGAAAAACAAACAUUAGGUGUCUUAGUAAGGUGUUUGGCCUCUGGAGCAGCUUCAACGCAUCGAUCCUCCAAGUCUCUGUGGCUACUGAAGGAAAAGAACACCAUUCUUCCAACAGAUAUUCUCUCAUGUAGUGUUUUGAUGGUGGUGGUGAAGAGAGCUGUCCAACAAUAGAUGUGAUCACUCAGAACAAUGUUGUACUUAUUUGCAGUGACCCUUCUUUUUAAGGAAACCAAACCAUGCCAGCAAAAUGCCCCCCAGAGCAUAACACAGCAGAUCUCCUUACUGUGGCUGUCAGUGAUUCAGGUGUUUCCCUUCACUUCAUCACCCAUCUGUGGAGGAAGGUACUGACUUUACUGCUGUCAUUCAAACAUGUAGAUAUGUAACAUAGAAGAGUUGUAAUAUACACUGAAAACAGAUGUUUAGGCACAACAAAAAAGUUAAUGCAACAGUGACAACUUCUAAAUAAAUUAGGUUCAACCAACAAAACUGUUGUGUUAGGAGACUUGUGCUUUUCUCUAUAUUAAUUGCAUUUUUAAUUAUUAAUUACUUUGUCAUUUGUAGCCUUAACACAAUUUUUUCAGGUCUCAAAAUCCUGAAGUCAAGGUUAUCAUGUCAGUUUAUUUAUUUUACUGCAACUUAGAUUUUGUUUUAAAUCAAUAAACGCAGAAAUUACACACAAACUUACUAGCUUUAUUUUUUUCAACACAACUCAUCAAAACAAUGUUUGCUACUUUAAUAGUUUUCCUAAUGAAUAACUUAAUUAUUAUUUUUUUAACUCUUAAAACCAUGCAUUUAAUGAAGCAGUACUAAAAGAUCCCCUGAAUUACAAAACUAAAAAAAAAGUGUGACCCUGAUGUUGAAGACCUCUGAGGUCAACGUUAGCACAAACAUUACAGGUCAUGAAGUGUCUUGUUUUUCUAGCGUGCUGUUGGACAGGUUAAGGGAUGGGUGGGCACACUGGGCAUAUUCCUGGCAUGGCUGAGAGCAGAGUUCAUCUGGACAAUGCAGUAAAAGAAGUUACCUCCCUUCACACAUCUUACCUCAAUUUCCUUCAAACUGCACAUACAGUAUAUGUAUACGGGCCCCCUAAACAACUGUAGAAGCUGGUUUAGGCUCCAGGUCUCCCAUAAACUGAAAUAAAAUGAAGUUUCUGUAUGAAACAUUAAACAUGGAAUCCGUCUGUGGCGGUGCAACUGACAUGAACUAAGUGCUGUAUCCCCUUUCACAGAAGCUGCAACUUUUUUCCAUGUUUCCAAGGGUGACCUGUUGCUUGCCUGGCCUGUUUCGGUGAAUGCACAUAUGAGCGAGCCUGGAGACUCGGUGGUAGCUAUGUCAUCAGGGAUCACGGAGGGCACAGAAACGCCAGCAGAUGUUUGAACGAAAGGGCCAACCUGCCCUGAGAAACGUCUGCAUGCGUGCGCUUCCCUUCCCUUCUGCCUCGACGGCUGCAGCUGUCCAACGUGGCCAAGGCCAUCGUUGCCUAACAAGGAGUGACAAUACGGAAACAUGGCCGGCCUCUGCCAGCAGGGCACCUUUUUUUCAUCGACCCUUGCUUAUGUUUUGGUUUCAUUUAAAAGAAAGAAAAACAGAGUCACAGUAAAAGUCAUAUGAGUGUUAGCCAUUCAUGAGUAAAAGGUCACAAGCUUACCGUUAUUGGGCCUGAUAAGUUCAGCGUUUGUACCUGUCAUAAUGAGUUUUGACACUGCUGUGUAAUGUCACAUUUAGAAAUAAACUGAAGUAAGA